CGGCCUGCUACCGACGUCCUCUCUCCACCCGGUAUGCGCGUAAAGGUCGAAACUGUCGCGCCUCUGCCGCACGUCAAGGCCUGGUUCAGCACUCAUGCGGUUCCUUCCAUCCUCGAUCUCAAAACUUCUCUCUGCACCGACCUUCUACCCCUCGCUCAUGAACGCGUCCGCCCGCAAGACAUCCUCCUACUCCUAGACGACUUUGAGCUCUUGGACACGAGCCCAAUCGAUGUUGUACACGAUGGAGACCUUGUAGUCAUUAAGAAACGCCCAGGCAAACGAAAAGCUUCCCUGCGAGACGAAGCCAGUCCUGCGCGCAAGCGGACAAAAGCGGACGAUGGCAGGGCGGUUUCUCGGGUACCCCAACCUCCUGCGAAGAACCGCGCCUCUUCCAAAUCGAGGCCACAAGCCCCGCACGAAUCGUCUUCGGAGUCCAGCUCAGACUCAAGUUCGGACUCUGAGGACUCAGCUGAAGAAGAUUCAGACUCGGAUUCGGACUCGGACUCAGAUUCCGACGCCUCCUCCUCGUCUUCCUCCUCGUCCACAUCCUCCACCUCAAGCGCUCCAGCCGUCGAGCCUUCAAAACGAAAACAAGUCAAUGGCACCGCCAAAGCUCCUGCACCCGCUGCUUCCACUCACCCAUCCAUCCCGCCCGGGUUCGGGAAGCCUACGACGCACAGCCGCAACCUUCGCCGACGACGCAAGAAGAUGUACGAGCGCCUCUCGCUCACCGCCGAGCCCGCCAGCGUGAACGACAUCCCCCUCGGCGAGCGUGCCCGCACAGACGACGCCUCUCCCGCUUCGUCGCCCCCAGAGCCCGAGCCCACCGCCCUCGCCCCGCCCGCGCAAGGCAAGACCAAGGGCAAGGGCAAAGAGACGGCCGUGGAGGAACACCCCGCGUUCCUGAUGGCCUCCCUGCAGAACAAGAACAAGCGGCGCGGGUUCAAGCACGCGCUCACGCAGGGCGUUCCCGCCAAGAUCCUCUUCUCCGACGCCCCACGGCCAGCGGCAGAACAGAACAUGGACGUCGACGCAGACGCGCGCGUCGUCGAGGCCGGGCUCAUGCUCGAGUCCCAGCGGAGCUCCUCGCGCGCACAGCCGCGCCUCGUGCCCCCGUCCGAGAAGCAGGAGCGCGGGCUGCUCCCCGCGAACAUGUUCGUCACGAGCGUGGACGUCGAGGAGGGCCUGUGGCCCGCCAAGGGCAAGAAGAAGAAAAAGAAGAAGGCGCCUGUCAAGGAGGCGCAAUGGGACUACGAGGAGGAGGAACAGACGUUUGCUGGGGGGCUGCCGUACGACGACGUGCCGGAGGUGCCCGCCGCUGUGCCUGCGGCGGGUGCGCAGGACGAUUCGGCCUCGACGGAGCGCGUGGUGGUUGCUGCGCGGUGGGAUACGCUUCGAAAGAUCACAGACAAGGAACAGGUGCAAAUUGGGACAACUGUCGCUUGGAAGGCGCUCGGGAUCAACUUCGCUACGUUCACGCCGGAGGUACUUCUACACGUCGGGCGUGUUGCGAAGUGCGACGAAGAGCUCGUCGUCGAGCUCGUUGCUGAGCCAGGUUCAGCUGAGCUGUCGUUUGGUGGGGUGGUCGAGGAGGACGGCGGAGUGGCCGAGGAGACGUUCCAAUGGUCGGACGUGCUCCAAGGUGACUGGCGCCUGGUCUCUGCACGAUAAGACGGUCACAGGCGCUAUCAUUUGCUUUCCCGUAUGCAUCUCAUACGGUGCACACUUUUUAUGCUGAGGCCC